UUAGAAUUGAAAAUGCUUCUAAAUCAAUCUAGGGUAUUUUCUUCUGCCAGCUAGAGUUGAUUGUUAUGUUAGACUUUGUAUUAUGUACUUUUUCCAAAUUUUAAUACAGGUGAUCUUCCAAAAUGCUUUCAGGGGCUAGGUUUGGUGACUAUGUCAGCUGUAUUGACUUCUCUGAAUUCUUAUGGCUGCAAAAACACCAAUGAUUUGGCAUCAUGUUCUCCUUCUCAACUCAUAGUGAUGUUAUUUAUCUUCUCCCUAUAUCUAGUAGCAAUUGGGCAAGGUGGGCACAAGCCUUGUGUUCAGGCUUUUGGAGCAGAUCAGUUUGAUGGAAAGCACCUAAAGGAGAGCAUUGCCAAAAGCUCAUUCUUCAAUUGGUGGUAUUUUGGUAUAUCCAUAGGAGCCCUCCUGUCAAUUUUGAUUAUUGUCUACAUUGAAGACAAUAUUAGUUGGGCCCUUGGCUUUGGAAUUCUCUUUAUAUUAAUGCUAGUUGGUUUAGUGAUAUUUUUGGUUGGAACAAGGACUUACAGGUAUAAUGUCAAAGAAAAUGGUCAAAAUCCUUUUGUGAGAAUUGGCCUGGUGUUUGUUGCUGCUGUUCGGAAUAGGCAUUUCAUCACUCCUUCACUGACAGAAACUGAAGAGUUAGCUCAUCAAAACCCCCCUCAGCAAAGUUCAGAACAAUUCAAGUAAGAAGAAGAACCCUUCUUUUGUUUCCUUUUAUACCUGUCAGGACAACAUUUUCUUUCUGUAAUGUCAAAAUUGCAAAACUCAGGUUUCAAAUGUUCUACUAUCCUCCAAAAAAUCAAUCAUUCUCUGUUUUUUACUGUGUAUUAAUUCUUGUUGUCUCAUAACAUUUGGAUGGGAUACUCUCUGUUUUCUGAUCAUAUUCAAAAUCUUG